UAACAAAAUGUCUCGUGAAAACGCGAAAUUGGAACUGUAUUCAUUAUUUUGUCAAUGUGCAUCUGCGUUGCUCAUCGCAAUAAUAAAUGCUGCGGAGACGAGUGGCCCCCGCACUAAGAUGGUGAUUAAAGAAAAGAUUCUCCAGCUAACUAACACGCUUCAUUUGUAUUUGGUAACACCACCAUUGCUAAGUGAGCAGAAGUUUGCGGCUAGUCGAAGUAUCCGAGAUAUGACUGCUGAUUUACAAAGUUCUGGUCGAUAUGGACAGAGCGUUUACGGUUCUGCGCAAAGUACACUGCCGAAAUCGAAGGUCAGACCGUUCAAAGAGUCGAUACCCUCGUAUCGAGAAACUCCCCUUAGACCAAACGUUCGAACGCGACCCCGUCAUCUUGGCAUGAGUGGCAACACAACAGAAGCAGAUUUUCGCCACAUUCCGGUGCACUCCACAAUGAUCGGAGCAGAUCAAUCGCUGCCCAAUGCAUCCGCCACCACCCGCUUUCCAAUUGUUCAAAAUCUACUCAAAGCGCUCGCGGAAUCUCCCAACGAGGACGUUUACAGCAAGGCAAUUCUUCCGUUCGCUAAGGAUUCGCAUUUCACUGAUCAGCUGACCGAUGAAAUGGACAUGCUGAGAAGUGUUCUCAGCGAGGACGCUUCGCCAGAGACGAUUACAGUCGAAACGACACUCUCAGAUCGGCUUGGGCUAAUGGAAAGCAGCAUUCAGCGGUUGAUAAGUCACAUCGAUAAACUUGAAACGACAUUCGCCGGAGAUAAAACUGCAACGGAUGAAAAGAAGGAGAAGUAAUAGCAUAGGAAUCAGCAGCGCCGCGUAGCGUAUAUAGCAAUAACGACGCGAUGUAUUGAGAUGGCGACAGCAGAUGAGCGAGGGAUGUUACUAAAUGAUGAAUGAGAAUAUAAUUGGAAGGUGAUUUUUUGUAGAACAAUAACUAUUUCAAAACGACGAAGACACAAAUUACCGUGGAAAAUAAGUGC